UUGACUGACUAUUUGUGUUUUGUUUUGGGGGUUUUCUGGUGUUGUCUAUUGGAUAUUCCUUGUCUUUCUGGGCUCUUGUCUAUAUUGCUCUGUUUGGGUUGUAUUAGUCAUGGCCGAGUCAUCCAAGCGUCGUAAAGCUACGGUUUCUCGUUCAUCCUUCAACUCUGAAAAGUUCCCAUCUAAAGAAAAAUCUAAGUUGUUUAGGGAGUCUUUUGCAUCUCGUACCGUACAUUUAGAGCGCAAUAUCCUCCCAAAUGCCUUUGAGGUUAUUCCCAUUCGGUCUUUAUUUGAUACGUUAGGCGGAGAUCAAGGGUUGCAUUUCUCCGGGCCACAAAAUUUGAGUCUCAUCCGGGAAUUCUAUUGCAAUAUCCAUUCCAUUCGCAAAGAACUUCCGGCAUCCUUUGAGACUUGGGUUAGGAAGAAGUCUCUUGUUAUCACUGGGGAUGUGUUUCGGAUUUUACUUGGUCUUCCUGAGGUUCACAAUUGUCAUUUUCCGUUUCUUACCCGGUCAGGUGUUGAUUUUAAUUGUGUUGCUUCUGAGUUAUGUGGUGUUGACCGGACUUGGGUCACUGGGGAUCUCCUUCAGCAAAAUGAGUUGCUUCCUCGGUUCCGUCUCUUGAAUAUCAUCGUGUGUGCGAAUCUUUAUGUCACCACCCAUUCCUCGCAUAUUACUCAGGACCAAGGUUAUGUUCUGUAUUGUAUUCAUCACCGCCUACCUAUUGACCUUCCGGAGAUGAUUGUGUCAAAAGUGAUUGGGGUCUCUGAGGGCAGAAAAUCUUUGGGGCUUCCUUAUGGGUGUUUGCUUACUCGUUUUCUCACUGCCCUUGAUAUUCUUUCUUUUGAUGAUGAUGAGUUUGCUUACCCUAUCAAACCCAUUAGUAAAUUGACAGUCUCUCAGAGUCAGGCUCAUGUGAGGGGGAGUGUGUCGGGGGUUGGGAGUUCUGGUGCAGGUACUGAUGAUCCCCUUGCCGAGGAGGAGGAGUUUGAGGCCGCCAAUGCCGGUGCCCCUGAUCUUCCUGAGCUACGUCCUCGCUCAUUUCGUGGCCAGCUCCAGCACUUUGAGCAGUCUGUUACACGUCGCCUUGAUAUUUUGGCUACACGUCUUGAUGGUGUUGAUGGCCGCCUUGAUGAGCAGAGUGCCAUGCUUGCACAGAUUAUUUCUCUUCUUCAGUUGCAGCAGCCACCAUCUUCUCCUUCUUAGCUUUUGGCAUAUGCUUCUCUUGGACAGUUUUUGUUCUUACUUUGGAUCGUGUUUUUUUUAUGCUGUAUCUGCCUGUUGAUGUUUUUGGGUCACUCCCGGACAAAAAGGGGGAGUAGUUUUGGGGUACUGGUACUCAAUGUUUGUUUUGCAGAUGGCUAUUUGGACGUUUCUGUUUAUAUGAUGUGGCUAUUAUUGAUAUGGAUAUUGGGGGCUAUAUGUUUUAUCUAUAUGUUUUUGUGUUAUAUCUUGAUGGUUUGGUUUGAUAUGGUUUGGUUUGAUAUGUUACUUUUCAGGUUUGAUGGAGUUAGCUUUGAUUACAGGUUUUCCUCAAGUUUGGUUUAUUGGUUCAAGAUGUUCGUUCCCGUUUGUUUUGAGAUUGGUUGCAUAGUUGGUUUACCUUGAGUUGUAAUAGUUUUAGCUAGUUCAUUUGCUUUAAGUUGUAAUCGUUUUAGCUAGUUUGUUUGUUUAGGAAAUUGUGUUAGGAAGUUUUGUCCGGGUAUUGACAAAGGGGGAGAUUGUUAGGUCCCUAAGUCUUGUCAAUUCCACGAACAAACUUGUGUAAUCGAGUUGUAAUUUCUGUGCUGUUUUGUGUUGCUCGCUCGAGCGAAGAAGGACUCGCUCGAGCGAAGGACUGCGUCUGGCUGCAAACCUGAAAGAGGUCAUUGUGCGCUCGAGCGAAGCAUUGGAGGCUCGAGCGAAGAACUGCAUCUGCGUACAAACCUGAAAGAGUUUAUUCCUCGCUCGAGCGAAGACUUUCUGGCUCGAGCGAAGGUCAUUAUGGAAGUCACGCGAGAUAAGCUUCUCGCUCGAGCGAGAUAAGCUUCGCUCGAGCGAGCUUCCGAAUCCGGAAAUCUAUAAGUAGUUGGUUUCUCCAAUCUUUAGGAUUACUUUUUGAGAUCUACUUUGAUAUUUUCUGAGGUCUUCUUGUAGAGAGAUUUUGGUGAGUUUUCCUUGAUGUCUUGAGAAGAGUUCUUCACUCAUGAUCUAAAAUACAUACAUCAAGGAGUUGGUUUCUUUAAAUUCAAGAGAGAGUUCUCUUCGGUGGAUUCCGAAGAUUCAAGCGUAUAGUUUCAAAAGGUGUUUGAUUCUAUAUGUGAGUGAGGUUGUGGAAUCAACUUCAAGAUUGAUCAGUUCCGAGAUGAAGUCGUGAAAAAGAGUUACAGAAGAUUCGAAGACAGAUUGACUAAGUUGGGUAAUCUUUGUAUGAUAUCUUUGUAAUCUUUUUACUUCAGUAGUGGAUUGA